AAACAAAGCAAACAUCUCGACACCACCUUAAACAGAUCCACCACCCACAAUUCGCAUCCAAAAAAUUCCACGGCAAAAGCGCCCGCGGGAGAACCGGAGAUGCGCUGAUGGAGCUGGACUGGAUGGUGGGCGAGAUCACGCUGCUCCUGAGGAAGCUGAGGAUAGAUUCGUCGACGGUGAUCUGGUUCGCUUCGGAUAACGGACCGAGCCUGACGCGGCACGAGCGAGGGGGGUGCGCGGGGCCCUUGCGCUGCGGGAAGGGCACGACGUGGGAGGGCGGCGUCAGAGUUCCGUCCUUCGUCUACUGGCCAGGGAAGGUCAGGGCAGGUCGGACGAAUGGCCUGGUGUCGUCGCUCGACAUUCUGCCCACCCUGGCCGCUCUUACGAACGCCAACACAUCCAGCCUGACAUUGGAUGGCGUGGAUGUGUCCUCUCUCCUUUGGUCGCCGGAUAAUAAGAGCCCACGGGAGAUGUUCCCGGUGUACUCCGAGGGGCCGGCGAGGGCCACGGAUCCCUACGCUGUCACGGACGGCAAGUUCAAGGCCCACUUCUUCACCAAGGGAUCAGAUCUGUCUGACGCCAGCAACUACGACCCGAUGUGUCCUCAGCGCCACCCUCUCACGCGCCACGACCCGCCUCUGCUCUUCGACAUACAGCAGGACCCCGGGGAGCGUUACAACCUUGCAAACGACACUCUGUACCAGCCGGUACUAGAAGCCUUAACCAAAUGGAGAAACGAACACAUUGCCAACGUAACGUGGAUGCCUCCUCGCACUCGCGCCCUCGACGCCCACGCCCAGCCCUGCUGCACUACGCCCUCCUGCAACCCCUUCCCCGGAUGCUGUGACUGCCCGAGAGCCGCUCUGAACCCUCUGGAAAGGCUCGAUGUUUCCAAACCUAAACAGAAGAGUCGCCAUCAUGAGCCAAUGAAUUAGCCAAAUUUGGAUGGUCACUUUUUUCUUUAUUCAUUUGUUAUUGUGGUUCGUUACAACACUGUUUUAGUGUAUUGGGAAGAACAGAGGUACCUACUUACCCAUGUUUACCUCCUUCCUAGUAGCUAAGCGAAUGUUUGCCUUUGGAAUAUAGACUAUCACUUGUAUAUAUGAGACACUUGUGGAUAACCUGUGUGACCUAGCAUAGCCUGGCACGAAAACCGUGCACUCUCGAAAAGACACAGAGCAAGUUUAAAUAUGUCACACUGGGUUUACAAGAAAUCUUUAAACAAGUGUCCGGCGAGGUUGAAGAUGUGAACAAAUGAGACGAUUUUAUGAAUGAUUCUUUAACAUAGCAACUGCAAAUAAAUCAUUGCUUUCA